AACAGCCUGAAGGUACUUGUGGAUCUUUAUCGUGAACACAACAGGAACAUGCGCAGGGAAAAUCGAAAGCAUGUGUUUGUUCCCAUUCCAGAGCGGGCGCUGUGGUCACUCUUCGAAUGUUUGGCUUCAGCAUUAUGUUUUAUGCGUCAGGGUGCGUUAACAGAAGACAAGAGCCCUGCAGACCACCGCAAUGUCUUGCACAAGGAUUUGAAGCCACAAAACAUCUUCCGGAGCACUCACACUGCUUCAGACUGGCCAGACAUUCCUAUAGCCAAAGUUGGAGAUUUUGGGUGUUCAGUAUGGCUCGAUCAUAAAGAUGCUAAUCAAAUGCUUGGAACACCUGGAUGGUUUGCGCCAGAAUCGCAUACAUACAGCAGAAAGAACUUUCGAGUCCGAUCAGAAAUGUACGAUCACGAGGGUUGGAAUCCAGAUCAAUACAAAUUUCCGAUUACCAAUGCGAGCGACGUGUGGUCUGUGGGCCGCAUUAUGAGAUACGCAAUGCUUCAGGAAGAAGAUGAGCUCAUGGCUGGGGUGCUGUUCGAGACAGAAUCUGCGCAGCUCAAGUUUGCGCCUGGUCAGUCUAGCCAUGGUGCCGUACUCAAGCCUGCCAAAGCAAGGGAACACUUCCCGGAGAAGAUGUGUGAGCUGGUCGAGAGGUGCUUGAAUCAAUUUCCCCAAGAUCGCAUUGGCGUUAACGAGCUUUGGGCGGAAGUACAGGAAGUGGUAACGUCUUCGAUUGAUGAAGACGGAAGCACGCUCAAGACUUCAAAGGGGACAGAGGAAGAGGUGUGGAUUGAGCAAGUCGACAAAUAUCUUGGCAUGGCUACAGAGGGUGAUAGUGACUAUGAGGGCUCUGAGUCCGAUAGCUCACAAUCAGAGUAGUCACGAUUGUCGUCCUGGUCAAUAUUCAAUCCAAGUCACUACGACCUCCGAGGGUUUGCUCGAAAACAUCGAUCUCGUCUCCAUCUAGAAGCGCCAACUGUACUUAAGAUCAGCAACCAUCACCACGGUCUUCACAUAUCAUCAACACACACACACAUCUUGCGGCGUCAUAUCAUUCAGGACUCUUACACCAUGAGCCAAAAACCUCAGACAGCCUUUCUCUCGCUGGACCUGUGCGUAAUAUGCCGACUGCAUUCAACAUUAGUUCCUUUGUACCAGUCGUAUCAGCACCUUAUCUUCUCACACACCAUAACUCUCCCCAUCUUGGUCGUACCCUUCAAUUUGAAUACCAGCUCGUAGCCUUGCAUGUCUUUAAAUGUGAUUGUCAAUCGGUCGGACUCGGGGAGCGCUUCUGACUCCGUUGUGUGUCGGACAUCGUCAUUCGCGGGAGUAUCAUCCGCUCGUUCUGCUGGUGAUGGCGUGCCUUCUGGUGUCAAUACAGCCAUGGCAUUACUACGUAUGAGAAAAGCUGUGGAUGGCGAGGACACGCGACUGUGGCUUGUUCGCGUUCGACCAGCAUCCCCUGCGAUCUCCUGGUGCUCCUCAUUCCCGAGCAAUGAUACCUGGUCAAACACACUGCAGGGUCCUGAAGCGUUUGACAAGGUGUGCGUGUCUGAGACCGACAAUCUACGUCAUUGUAGACCAUGACCAUAUUGCGCACGAGACAAUGGCUCUGCUUCGGCUUUCUUCGGCUGAUGCAUGCAUGUCACCGAUUGUCCCUGAUUUGCAAUGCUGUCG